AGGUGGGGGGGCGUGAGGUGGUGUGCCUGAGGUAGGGCCUAGGGUUAUGUACGGUUCUGGAUGGUUUAUAAAUCGGCGUCCUUGUUUUCCUUACGUGUAUGGGUUCGAGCGGAGAGCGCCCGGCUUCAAGCGUUUAGGGUUGGGAGUCUGAGCGGGACAGCGCAAGGGUUCUCCAUGAGUCAUUAGGGAAAACAACCAUAAUAUCUGAAGAGAAAACCGCCUCGCGCUGCCGUUUCCUCUCAGAGACCAACGUGUCUGUGUGUGUCCGCCCAAUUAUCGGUCUGUACUUUGCGACCCGAGGGCCCAACUAAGGUACCAAGACGCCUUGCGGGACAGGGAGGCGGGAUGCGGCCGACUAGCGUGGUCAGACUUAACGGACCGUGCCCAGCCCCCACUUGGCUCGCUGCGAGGUGUCUGGCUGGCUCCGGUGUUUGCGCCACAGCGUAAGCGCUGAUUGGAGGAAUGGAGAUGACGGAUUGCACUCUCUGCCACUCAGCUGCAGGGGGCUUGUUAGUGCGGCGGUCUAGGCAUCUAUGACCUUACGUCAUUCGAAGGCUUUUCCCUGAGUUAGUAUGGCUGCGGCCGGCGGCUUUCUGGGACGCCGUUGAGGAGAGGAGGGCAAGGUCUGUCCGAGGCUUUGGCUGCGAUUCUCCUAAGCGAUGGCGCUUCGGCUGCGGUUCUGGGAAUUGUUGCCGUUUUGCAGAAACCCCGGGUGUCGGGUGGCAGCGCUCUCGACCAGUGCUAAGCCAGCGGUGAAGCCUGAGGUGGACCCCGUGGGAAAUGAAGCUAUUGCCCCAGAGUUCACCAACCGGAACCCCCGGAAUCUGGAGCUCUUAGCUGUAGCCAGAAAAGAGCGGGGUUGGGGGACCGUGUGGCCCUCCCGUGAGUUCUGGCACAGGUUGCGAGUUAUAAGGAGUCAGCAUCAUAUAGAAGCACUUGUUGAGCAUCGCAAUGGCCAGGUUGUGGUUUCGGCAUCCACUCGUGAAUGGGCCAUUAAAAAGCACCUUUAUAGCACCAAAAAUGUGGUGGCUUGUGAGAGUGUAGGACGAGUGCUGGCACAGCGGUGCUUGGAAGCAGGAAUCAACUUCAUGGUCUACCAACCCACUCCUUGGGAGGCAGCGUCAGACUCGAUGAAACGACUACAGAUUGCCAUGAUAGAGGGUGGUGUGGUGCUACAGGAGCCUCGGAGAAUCUAUGAAUGAAGCAGAAGCAUUGUUUGGAGCUUGUAAAUGAAAGCUGUCAGCUCUUCAUUCAUCAGAAGAGAGCCUCUGGAAGAACUGCCAACUUGGACGUUUUAUA